GUUAAUAAAGAACUAAAUUGAGUAAAAAUAAUAAAGAACCAAAUAUUAGUUGAGGCCAUACUAUAGCAGUGAUCAAUGGAGGGAAAUUCAAGAUUGAGGCCAUUAUUGGGGAAUAAUAACCACGAUCUGAACUCUUUUAAUUCGCUUACAACAACUUUCUUAUCAAAGUUGCCUGAUAAGGUCCAUUCUUUGAUCCUCCAGACUGACUCUUCCUUUGACUUUGAUCCUCAUAUCUCCACAUCCACCCCCUUAAGCAAAGGGGAGAAAGAAUACUAUGAAAGACAAUUUGCUACUCUUAAAUCAUUUGAGGAAGUUGACUCGAUAGUAACCUCGAACCCCAUCGAUGUAGACGACAUAGAAAAACAGGCUCAACAUGAACGAGCAAUGAAGAUUUCUAACUAUGCAAAUGCAGCUUUGUUGGCCUUAAAGAUUUAUGUGACAAUUAGGACUGGAUCUAUGGCUAUUGCUGCUUCAACAUUGGAUUCUUUACUUGAUUUCAUGGCUGGUGGCAUACUUUGGUUCACUCACCUUUCAAUGAAGAACAUAAAUAAGUACAAAUACCCUAUUGGAAAGUUGAGAAUGCAACCAGUGGGAAUUAUUAUCUUUGCAGCUGUCAUGGCAACACUUGGCUUUCAGGUACUAAUGACUGCUGUAGAACAGCUAAUAGAAAACAAUCCUUCUGAGAAGAUGUCUUAUGAACAACUAGUUUGGUUAUAUUCUAUUAUGAUAUUUGCAACAGUGGUUAAGCUUGCACUAUGGCUUUACUGUAAAAACUCAGGAAACAAGAUUGUGCUUGCCUAUGUAGAUGAUCACCACUUUGAUGUUGUGACAAAUGUGGUUGGAUUAGUUGCAGCUCUUCUUGGUGAUAAAUUUUACUGGUGGAUUGAUCCUGUUGGUGCUAUUUUACUUGCAAUUUACACUAUUUUAAAUUGGUCUGGUAGUGUUAUGAAAAAUGCAGUUUCACUAGUAGGACAAUCUGCACCUUCUGAAGUUCUGCAGAAGUUGACAUAUCUUGUUAUAAUGCAUUCUCAAAUUAAGCGCAUUGAUACUGUUCGCGCUUACUCAUUUGGAGUUCUAUACUUUGUGGAGGUUGACAUUGAACUGCCAGAGGAUUUGCCUUUAAAAGAAGCACAUAUGAUUGGAGAAAGUCUACAAAUAAAGCUUGAGAAACUUCCAGAAGUUGAGAGAGCAUUUGUUCAUCUAGACUUUGAAUGUGAGCACAAACCAGAACACUCGGUUCUUAGUAAACUACCAGAUACUCAGCCUUAAGUAACAAUAUUGAUUUGAGUUUCAAUUGUAUGUAUCACAAGUGUGAAUUUAUCUACCUUAGCCUUCAUGUAUAGUUUGUUAAAAAAAAAAAAGAAGAAUCCUAUAUGAAGUAUUAUUAUGUUAGUCUAUCAAAUCACUUUUUAUUCUACAUUUAAAUGUUACAGCACCACAUAACACUAUUGACCAAUUA